AAUUUUUCAUCAUUCAAAUAAAUACUAAGUACUAAUCUAUAAGACACUAUUCACAAACUAUGUCUUAUAAGGUUAAUGUUGCAUUUUUCCUAUGUCUCAAUAUUAUUUUCUUCACUAUGGUGAAUUGCAACUAUGUACCUGAAAUCCCAGUCCCAAUCCCAGACCCAAUAUAUAACCCUUCUCCAAAGGGUACAUGUCCUAUAGAUGCACUUAAGUUAGGUGUGUGUGCAAAUUUGUUGAACUUGGUCAAAGUUAAAUUGGGGUCCCCACCAACACUCCCUUGUUGCUCACUCAUUCAAGGUCUUGCUGAUCUUGAAGCUGCUGCUUGCCUUUGCACUGCCCUUAAAGCUAAGGUCCUUGGUCUCCAUCUUGAUGUCCCUAUUUCCUUGAGUGUCAUUCUCAACAAUUGUGGAAGGAACAACUCUGGUUUCAAGUGCACUUAGAAUAUCCACAAUUUCAUAUAUAUAUAUAUAUAUAUAUAUAUAUAUAUAUAUAUAUAUAUAUAUAUAUAUAUUUAUAUUUGUACUCAUGUUCACAUGUUGGUUUGUGUUUGUUAUUCGUGUGUGUCUUAAUCAUGCCGGUUUCUAGAAAAAAUAGACUAUGGUAAUUUGGAGUUCAGCCGGAAGUAAGUCAACAUGGCCGAUGAUUAUUUCAGGCGUAAUCUCCUAGUAUCUGCUUGCGUUAUUUUUAGUAUGUUUUUAUUAUGUAAUUAUUUGGUGCUUGCUGGUCAUAUUCUUCAAUUCUUACACCUUCACUAUUGUAUUUCUUUUAAGAUGGAAGAUUAUACAUCUUCAUCAGCUCGAUAGUAUUAAAGGUGUACUACAAAUAAAAUAUUGUGAUUCUUAAGUCUCUCUUUAAUAUUAA